CACUUAACUUUGUGUAAUAACAUCAACCUUGCCUUGCUCCCACCCUAAACUACCUGAGGAAUCUUGAGGAGGGUCGGGCUUUUGUCGACUCUUGCGUGCAGUAAGAGGAAUAUGGCUGCACAUAAAACCUGGAAAAGUUUGGCCCAUGUUUUCAUUAAAGAAAACACUUUCUUCAAGACCGGAUACUUCCGAAGAAGCAUAUUUAAUUCUCCAAAACCUCCUCAACGUCUGGGGCGAACCAUUUCUACAAUCGGAGAUAAAUACACGAAUUUCUCGCCGUGCUUGAGUUCUGUUCUUGCAGGGCGGUCUUACAAGGAAUUAUAUGAGUUAUCGGUUAAGGACCCAGAUGUCUUUUGGGGGUCCAUCGCUAAAGAGAGACUAACAUGGAUUAAACCAUUUGAUACCGUGAGGGAUUGCGAGAUUACAAAUGCACAAACCAACUGGUUUGUGGGGGGUAAAUUGAACGUUUCUGUCAAUUGUUUGGAUGUGCACGUAGAGAAGCAUCCUGACAGGGUCGCCCUCAUCUGGGAGCGAGAUGAACCAGGCACAGAAGUGAAAGUUACAUAUAGAGAGCUGCUUGAGACAACAUGUCGCUUAGCCAACACACUGAAGAGACAUGGAAUCCACAAAGGAGACCGAGUGGCCAUCUACAUGCCAGUGUCACCUCUGGCUGUGGCAGCCAUGCUGGCAUGUGCUCGUAUUGGUGCUGUACACACAGUGGUGUUUGCUGGUUUCAGCUCAGAGGCUCUGGCAGGCAGGAUUCAAGAUGCUCAGUGUAAGGCUGUGGUAACCUGUAACCAGGCUGUUAGAGGUGGAAAAGUCAUCGACCUGAAGCCCACUGUGGACACCGCUGUGAAGAGCUGCCACUCCAUCCAGCAUGUGUUUGUGGCCCAGAGGACCAGCACCCUGGCUUCCAUGGGCCAGCUGGAUGUCCCUCUGGAGGAGGCCAUGGCUAAGGAGCUGGGGGAGUGUGCUCCAGAGCCUAUGGACAGCGAGGAUAUGCUCUUUAUGCUGUACACUUCUGGUAGUACAGGCAAACCCAAAGGCAUUGUUCACACACAGGCUGGAUAUCUGCUCUAUGCUGCCUUAACUCAUCAGUAUGUGUUCGACUACCAGCCUGGGGACGUGUUUGGCUGCGUGGCAGACAUCGGCUGGGUGACGGGUCACAGCUACGUGGUCUACGGCCCCCUGUGCAAUGGGGCCACAACGGUUCUCUUUGAGAGUACUCCUGUGUACCCUGACCCUGGGCGCUACUGGGAGACUGUGCAGCGACUGGGCAUCAACCAGUUUUACGGCGCGCCCACCGCUAUUAGGUUGCUCCUGAAGUAUGAGGAGAGUUGGGUGAAGAAGUACGAUAGGUCCUCCCUUAGGACCCUAGGCUCUGUUGGUGAGCCAAUCAAUCAUGAGGCUUGGGAGUGGUUCAAUAAUGUGGUUGGCGAUGGACGAUGCCCCUUAGUGGACACAUGGUGGCAGACAGAGACGGGAGGUGUGUGUAUCGCCCCUCGGCCGGCAGAGGAAGGGGCUGAGAUUGUCCCCGCCAUGGCCAUGAGGCCAUUCUUCGGCAUCGAGCCUGUUCUCAUGGGGGAAAAUGGGGAACCAAUAUCAGGCAAUAAAGUCAGUGGAGCUCUCUGUAUCAAGCAGCCAUGGCCUGGAAUGGCAAGGACCAUCUUUGGAGACCAUCAAAGAUUUGUGGAAGCAUAUUUUAAACCAUACCCUGGUCAUUACUUCACAGGCGAUGGUGCUUACCGCUCUAAAGAGGGCUACUAUCAGAUCACUGGACGAAUGGAUGAUGUCAUCAAUAUCAGUGGUCAUCGAUUGGGUACAGCUGAGAUUGAGGAUGCUCUGGAUGAGCACCCAGAUGUUCCUGAGACUGCUGUGGUUGGCGUCUCCCAUGAAAUCAAAGGAGAGGUACCAUUUGCGUUUGUAGUUUUGAAAGAGGAUGCAUAUCGGAAUCAAACAGCUGUUGUUGGAGAAUUGAGAGGCUUGGUUGCCACCAAGAUAGCCAAGUAUGCUGUCCCAGACCACUUCCUGGUGGUCAAGAGGCUUCCAAAAACGCGCUCUGGGAAGAUCAUGAGGCGUAUUCUGCGAAAGAUUGCCAUGGAACAGACAGGAGACAUGGGAGAUGUAUCCACAUUGGAUGACCCCUCCGUUGUUACAGAGAUCAUUGCAGCUCAUGCCCAGUAUAAGAUCUUAAAGUCAAAGAAAUGACUAGGAACAAAGCUAGUGCAUGAAGCUUGCUUAACUGACAGAUUCAUUUUGUUUCUGAAAUUGUAAAGUUGAUUCAUGUUUUUUACCCAAGUGGGGAACAAUGAACGAAUAGAUUAGCAUACGCACAAUAUUUUUGUUCAGAUGACCCGUAUGAUAUUAAGCAUAAUGAAAAUUGCAUUUUUAAUAGAGUUCAUUAAGGAUGCCUUAUAUCAUAGGAGAUUUUUGCCAAGAUUGUGUAACAGCUGUGGUUUCAUUCUGAUGAAUAACAGCUAAAGCCUCUUUAUAGUUUACAACUAACACCUCCCCCUUAUAUCCAUGAUGAUAUUCCUCUAUAGAGCAGACUUCCUGGUCUUGUGGCUUGAUUGACUUGAUUGAUGAUUCAAUGUGUCAAUAGGCAAAAUAGGGAUACAUUGAAGGUAUUUCUUUGUAAGUACAUAAUUACAAUUUUGUAAUGAACUAUAUGUUGUAAAGAGAUUGCGCUUCUAGUGUUAAAGGGAAUUGUAUGACCAUAAACCUAAGGUAGGCUACAGUGUGCAAUCCUGAUAUCCUAUGAAUUACUAUGCCAUAUUGAAAUUAUACCAGAUUCACAGUAUGUGACCUAAUAAAGCAAAAAUGUCUAGAAAGUGCCAAGCAUUU